UGGCCUUCUUCCAAACACACCUCCCCAGCGGGGCUGUCAACGCUGAGACGAUGCAAGCGCUCGCGAUGGCCUUCUUAGGACGGCGGACUGGAUCCUCACUCUUGGUUUGCAUCCUCUGGCAGAUCGCAAACAGAGCUACAUGCACCGACGGUCGGAGCAGCAACGAACUGUGGCGACUCCGAAACGACCUGCUGGGAAAGGGUUACGACCCCGGGACUCGACCUGCCACCCACGCCAACGACACGACUGAGGUGCUCAUAAGCGCCGACGUUAUCGACGGCCCUUACCUGCAUCCCGAGAGAGAGCUGUUCUACGCAGACAUCGGUGUAUGCAUGACUUGGAAGGAUCACCGACUCAAGUGGAACGCAACGCAAUACGGAGGACAGACGGUAAUCCGCCUAAAGACGGGCGACGCCUGGAGGCCGGAAUUGUACAUGACGUCGUCUUGGUCCGACGUCUACUCCAGCCUUCUCACAAAUUACAUGUUUCUUGUGAACGACGACGGCAAAGUUCGAAUGUGCUCGGCGAUGUCCGUGCAAACUUUUUGCAGCGCGGACAUGACGCACUUCCCGAUGGACCGCCACGAAUGUGUCGUUGAGUACAGCACCAUACUGAACCCCGAAAAGGAGGUCAACCUCACCAUCGACCGAACCGACUCCCAAGGGAAAACGGACUCGGAGUUUGCACUCGUCUCCCUCACCUCCAAAACCGAGAUCAAGGAUUACGAAGAGUACGGCCGCUACUCGACCGUGGUCUACCGCUUCGUCCUGGAGAGGCGCAACCUGUUCCAGCACUUCACGCUCCUCCUUCCCGCUGUCGGUGUCGUGGUGCUAAGCCUACUGACGCUGUGGCUACCGCCGAUCUCGGACCGGCGGUUUACAGUCGCAGGCGUGGCCCUUCUGGUGUCGCUGCUGCUGCUGUACCAGGCCGACGAUGCGGCAGCGGGGUCCAACCAAGUGCCAAAGAUCACCGUUGUUCUGAGCACCAGCGUGUUGAUCAACGCCCUGACCAUCGUCGCCACCAUCGUCAACAUCAACCUGGUCAGGUUCCUGCCGAAUGUCCGGGCGCUACCGCCAGUGGUCGGCAAGGUGGCGGGCAGGAUCGCGACAGGUGUGCCCUUGGUGUGCCCUGGUCCAAAAGCCUCAUCCGAAAGCGCAGAGGGCGCUUCCGUCGACAUCGCACAUGCUGUGAUCAGGGCACUCGACCGCGCAUUCUUCUUGGCCUCUUUGAUUACAUUCACCGCUAUUAUAUUAGUUUGAGAGGGACUUCGAAGAAACCUUUGUGGACGUCGACAGCGAGACAACGUAAACUGCCUUAGAAGACCCCCGGUCUGGUUAACGGAAAGCAACGAACAGAGUUUCGUGAAGCGGGAAAAUAAAAUUGUGCAG